UGCUUCUCCCUGGGCCCGUUGUGUCAGGCUUGUACCUGCUGCUCCUCCCCUCCACCUCCUUCCCCUCCUCCUCCCCACAGGUGUGUCUCUGGGCCCUGCGGCUGCCUGCCCCACUCCCUGCCGAGACACCCGCCAGCAAGGUCACCUACCCUGAACCCCAGCAAGCCUGAAACAGAUCAGCUGAGCCCCCCUGCGAUGGAAGCUGCUGAUGCCUCCAGGAGCAACGGGUCGAGCCCGGAAGCCAGGGAUGCUCGGAGCCCGUCGGGUCCCAAUGGCAGCCUGGAGAAUGGCACCAAGGCCGACGGCAAGGAUGCCAAGACCACCAACGGGCACAGCGGGGAGGCAGCCGAGGGCAAGAGCUUGGGCAGUGCCCUGAAGCCAGGGGAAGGGAGGAGCGCCCUGUUCGCGGGCAAUGAGUGGCGGCGACCCAUCAUCCAGUUUGUCGAGUCGGGCGACGACAAGAACUCCAACUACUUCAGCAUGGACUCGUUGGAAGGCAAGAGGUCACCGUACGCAGGGCUCCAGCUGGGGGCCGCCAAGAAGCCGCCCGUCACCUUUGCCGAAAAAGGCGAGCUGCGCAAGUCCAUUUUCUCGGAGCCGCGGAAGCCCUCAGUGUCCAUCGUGGAGCCCGGGGAGGCGCGGCGGAACAGCUACCCCCGGGCAGACACGGGCCUUUUCUCCCCGGCCAAGUCCAGCUCCGAGGAGGUGCUGUGCGACUCCUGCAUUGGCAACAAGCAGAAGGCGGUCAAGUCCUGCCUGGUGUGCCAGGCCUCCUUCUGCGAGCUGCACCUCAAGCCCCACCUGGAGGGCGCCGCCUUCCGAGACCACCAGCUGCUGGAGCCCAUCCGGGACUUCGAGGCCCGCAAGUGUCCCAUGCAUGGCAAGACUAUGGAGCUCUUCUGCCAGACUGACCAGACCUGCAUCUGCUACCUCUGCAUGUUCCAGGAGCACAAGAAUCACAGCACCGUGACAGUGGAGGAGGCCAAGGCCGAGAAAGAGACGGAGCUGUCACUGCAAAAGGAGCAGCUGCAGCUCAAGAUCAUUGAGAUUGAGGAUGAAGUUGAGAAGUGGCAGAAGGAGAAGGACCGCAUCAAGAGCUUCACCACCAAUGAGAAGGCCAUCCUGGAGCAGAACUUCCGGGACCUGGUGCGGGACUUGGAGAAGCAAAAGGAGGAAGUGAGGGCUGCACUGGAGCAGCGGGAGCAGGAUGCUGUGGACCAGGUGAAGGUGAUCGUGGAUGCUCUGGAUGAAAGGGCCAAGGUACUGCAUGAGGACAAGCAGACCCGGGAGCAGCUGCACAGCAUCAGUGACUCUGUGUUGUUUCUGCAGGAAUUUGGUGCAUUGAUGAGCAAUUACUCUCUACCCCCACCCCUGCCCACCUAUCAUGUCCUGCUGGAGGGGGAGGGCCUGGGACAGUCGCUAGGCAACUUCAAGGAUGACCUACUCAAUGUAUGCAUGCGCCACGUUGAGAAGAUGUGCAAGGCGGACCUGAGCCGUAACUUCAUUGAGAGGAACCACAUGGAGAACGGUGGUGACCAUCGCUACAUGAAUAACUACACCAACAGCUUCGGGGGUGAGUGGAGUGCACCAGACACGAUGAAGAGAUACUCCAUGUACCUGACGCCCAAGGGUGGGGCCCGGACAUCUUACCAGCCCUCGUCUCCCGGCCGCUUCACCAAGGAGACCACCCAGAAGAAUUUCAACAAUCUCUAUGGCACCAAAGGUAACUACACUUCCCGGGUCUGGGAGUACUCCUCCAGCAUUCAGAGCUCUGACAAUGACCUGCCUGUCGUCCAAGGCAGCUCCUCCUUCUCUCUGAAAGCAGGCACUGGGAAAACCCCUUAUCAGUUCACCAGCUUGGGACAGGCCACUGCAGAGUUUUCCAAACCACUGGGUCGCAGUGGGCUGUCUAAAAAUAAUCCUGGCUACCCCUCCCUCAUGCGGAGCCAGAGCCCCAAGGCUCAGCCCCAGACUUGGAAAUCUGGCAAGCAGACCAUGCUGUCUCACUACCGGCCGUUCUACGUCAACAAAGGCAACGGGAUUGGAUCCAACGAAGCCCCGUGAGCUCCCGGCAGAAGGAACGCGGCACCACACCCCUGCUCUUCCUUCUGACCCUGCUGCUCUUGCCUUCUAAGCUACCGUGCUAGUUUGGGUGGGAGGGAGCCUGGUCCUGCACCUGCCCUUUGCAGCCCUCUGCAGCCUCUCGGGGCGAUCCUGGCCUCUCCAGCUUCCCCACUGGCCACACGCCAUUCAGAUUCCUUUCCUGCCUUAUGACCUCAGAUGGUCCACCAUCGUUCCUGUGCUCAGAGGCCAACCCAGCACAAGGGUGAGAAAGGUGGGCCCUCCCUUAAGCCACCGCCCUCCUCCUCUGGGGCUGGAUCUGGGGGCUGGCAGCCUGCCUCUCCUGCCCACAUCCUGCUGUUUCCAGGCCUAGUGACCCUUCUCUCCAAGGCCCCUUCCCUCAGUGUUGUCCGCAGGUGCCUGGACAGCACAGCCACUCAUCUCCCAUUCACAUGGCCCGCCUUCUGCUUCCCAGAGGACUGGUCGUAUGUGCCUUCUCUGCUCCUAGCUAUCAGUGUCCAGCACGGCACCACCUGCAGCUCUUGGUCACUGCAGAGGGAAACCUCUCAGUGUCUUGACAUUGCCUUACAGAGGCAGUGGGUCUCUGCCACAUCCACUUUGAGUCUCUGGUCCCUGGAAGGUGGUCUCUCCUGACUGACAGGAUGACCCUAGCCAGGAUAUUCCUCUCUUCCCUCUGCUGGGAUAAAGAAUUCCCCUGACAUGAUAUAAUCUACGCAUGAAAAUAGCUACAAGCUCAGCCACCAUUCACCAGCUACUAUACCAUUUGCCCUCAGAGUUUCACAAAGUUUAUAAUUUGGCAUUCUCUCUGGAGAUGGAGAACAUUGCUGGGCUGGCUGCAAAGGGUGUCUCAGCCACUGCCCCGUCAGAGACUGCCUCAUCCUUCUGAUUACCCCCCAUGUGUCAUAUCAGGAUCCCAGGGCUUAGAGAGGAGACAAAAUGAGGAGCGCGUGGUAGGGACAUCUCUUGUCUCAACAGCCCCAGGCCUAUGGGGGCUCUGGGAGGAUGGGCCAGCUUGCAGGGGUUGGGGAGGGCGACAUCCAGCUUGGGCUUUCCCCUUUGGAAUAAACCAUUGAUCCAUCA